CAGAAACUAAAUAAAAGCAUGGGGUAGAAAUAGCAGAGGUUACUGCCUGGAAGUUUACUCGUAAAGAAUGACCUUUCUGCGACCCUGUGCUGUAUUUACCAAAAACAAGUUCACACGCACUGAACCUGCAAGACUAGCGAAGAGAAAGCUAUGAAACUGCGAGCAUGCCUGCGCCAUUGUGGAUCUGUUUGUGACAACCCCGCUCAACUUGAAUUAACCUGAUAUACUUCUAAAAACAUUAUCAGGGGUAUCGCGUUAGUGUUUGAACAUCUCAUUUGGAAGAAGAGGACGGGAAAUAUCAAUAUAAUUACACGAAACACAGAUUAUAUAUCUGCGUGAAACUCGCUGCAUCGACGCUGCUGCCGCCUGAUAGAGAAACGACUAUACCAACUCCGGCAUGGGGGAGGGGUUACCUGAAUUCAAAUUGUAUUCACUGGGGAAAAUAUAGAGCUACAAACAGCUCGAUUAUGAUGUUAAAACUGAAAGUCAUAUUCAUUUUUUAUUAAAAGAUCCCCGGUAUCACGAUUUCCUUUGCGGUCCAUAUUAGAUGAAUUGUCAGACCGCGCUGAUCGGUUUGUAUUUUGUGAUUGGUAUAUUCCUCGUCCUGUGGGAGACAGACCCGUUCAGACACUGAGGGAGAGCAGAGAGGAGAUCUGAAGAGAAGAAAGGACACAUUCACUGAGGAGACGGUCAGAGCGAGUGACUGGAGCACUAGAGCCGUGCUGCACAUCCCACUGACAAGACCUGAAGACUGCCUUAUCCUGGUGAAAACCAAGGAACAAAGAUGGAGUCUGUUUACAUUAAACAGGAGGAUGUUCUGGAAUUGGUACCUGUCUGCAUUAAACAGGAGAUGCCUGAACUGGAGCCUGUCCACAUUAAAGAAGAGACUGAACUGGAGCCUGUCCACAUUAAAGAAGAGACUGAACUGGAGCAUGUCCACAUUAAACAAGAGACUGAACUGGAGCCUGUCCACAUUAAAGAGGAGACUGAACUGGAGCCUGUCCACAUUAAAGAAGAAGAGACUGAAUUGGAGCCUGUCCACAUGAAAGAGGAAGAGACUGAACUGGAGCCUGUCCACAUGAAAGAAGGGACUGAACUGGAGCCUGUGCACAUGAAAGAAGAGACUGAACUGGAGCCUGUCCACAUUAAAGAAGAAGAGACUGAACUGGAGCCUGUACACAUUAAAGAAGAGACUCAACUGGAGCCUGUCCACAUUAAACAAGAGGAGACUCAACUGGAGCAUGUCCAUAUUGAAGAGGAAUCUGUUGACUUGUUGUUUAAGGAUACAGAAAACAUAUCCCGGCCAAAGAUAUCACAUGAGUGUAAUGAAUGUGGGAAGAGUUUCAGAAGGCCAGGAAGCCUAAAAACACAUCAGCGAAUUCACUCUGGAGAGAAGCCGUAUCAAUGUACUGAAUGCGGAAAGAGCUUCCGCGAGUUAGGAGUCCUAAAAAAACACCAGCGAAUUCACACAGGAGAGAAGCCACACUUUUGUACUGAAUGUGGAAAAAGCUUCAAUACGUCAGGAAGCCUAAAAAGACACCAGCGACUUCACACUGGAGAGAAGCCAUAUCAAUGUUUUGAAUGUGGGGAGAGUUUCAAUCAGUUAGCAAACCUUAAAACACACCAGCGAAUUCACACUGGAGAGAAGCCAUAUCACUGUGUUGAAUGUGGAAAGAGCUUCCGUAAGUUAGGGGUCCUAAAAAAACACCAGCGAAUUCACACUGGAGAGAAGCCGUAUCACUGUACUGAAUGUGGAAAGAGCUUCAAUGCGUCAGAAAGCCUAAAAAGACACCAGCGACUUCACACUGGAGAGAAACCAUAUCAAUGUACUGAAUGUGGGGAAAGCUUCAAUGAGUCAGGAAGCCUAAAUAGACACCAACGCAUUCACACUGGAGAGAAGCCGCAUCACUGUGUUGAAUGUGGGAAAAGCUUCACUGACAAAGAAAAACUAAAAAGACACCAGCGAAUUCACACUGGAGAGAAGCCGUAUCACUGUACUGAAUGUAGGGAGAGUUUUAGUCAGUCAGGAAGCCUAAAAACACACCAGCGAAUUCACACUGGAGAGAAGCCAUAUCAAUGUUCUGAAUGUGGAGAGAGUUUCAAUCAGUUAGCAAAUCUAAAAACACACCAACGAAUUCACACUGGAGAGAAGCCGUAUCACUGUUUUGAAUGUGGGGACAGUUUUAGUCAGUCAGGAAGCCUAAAAAGACACCAGCGAAUUCACACUAGAGCCAGCCUUCCUCCCUCACAGUCCCUCACCUCUCCACCCUGCUUGUUUGUGUGUGUGGAGAGCUGUCUGAUUCCUUGUCUCUCUCUCACCCUGCAGUAAAUGAAGGGGGUCCCCAGGAGUGAGAGCCAGCCUGAAUCCAGAGACACUGAGAAGGGGAGCGUGUCAAACUGAAGGAGACAGACCCAUUCUUUCAGAAUGAACUGCAUUGGAAAUUAAUCUCACUCAUCAUGCUGUGAGGAUUCAUGCCAAGCUUGUUUCUGUGAACACAUUAAACAAAGAUGCCAAAAACACACCAUAUUUUUAAAAUACCAUUACUGUACCAGUGUCGGUGAGAACAGAAGUAAAUUAUUUGAAAAAAACUAAAACUCUCUUCAUGGGUGUGGCAGCAGUGUGCCCUUCAUCUUACUAGAAUGACCUCUAAGCUAUUGCACCAGUGCAAGCACAAGCUGAAACAACCUUUAUUUUCUUCUUUUUAUAUCAUGUGGUGCACACUUUGCACUGGAGCAAAUGCUGUUUUGGGUUUGAAUGAACUUGACUGCUUUGAGUGUUUUAAAGGGCACAUAUAGACCUUUUAUUGUGUUACAUGUUCCCAUGUGUUCACGUAAAGUGUGUAUUGUUUUCAUUUUCACCACUUUUUUAAAACUUUAAAUUGCAUUCGCUGCCUCAAGGUGGCUUCACAUGUACCUGCAUGGACCUCUCAGAACUACAUUUACCAUCAUCCUCCUGCUCACAUAUGUAACUGAGAUGGAUUUACCAGUGAGCAGGAGGAUGAUGGGAAAUGUAGUUCUGAGAGGUCCUUGAGGCAGGGAAUGCAAUUUAAAAGUUUAGAAAAGUGGUCAAAAUAUAAAAAUAAAACAACAAAUUAAACAAUACGCUCUCCUUCCGUAAGCAGUUGUAGCAACACAUGGGAACAUGCGACACAAUCAAAUAAAAAGGUCCUUAUGCACCCUUUAAGUACUGAGAACCUCCAAGCUUGUUGUGUACUAGAGCCCUGCUUCAAUGCAGUGGGAUUCAAAUACAAUUCCUAUCAUUUUUAUUGUGUAAAUUGCUGUGUGUGAAAUUGACACACCCACAAUAUUAGAGCUGUAUAAAUAUACUGUAAAGCAUGAAAGGUUUGCAAGUAAAAGAUUCAUAAAAGUUGCUUUUACUCAAAUCUGCAAUACAUACAUGCUGCAACAUUACCAUCAUUACUACAUUCAUAGUUUAUACAGUUUAUGAAUAAUUGAUCUAAACAAUCUGCAGAAUGAAGUUGCCUCAGACUGUUUGACAGUAACAGAGCUGGUGCUUUUGUGGAAUCACCAUUAGCUGUUUAUUCCUUUGGGCAAAAUAUGGCUUAUUUGCUUGUAUUUUGUAUCAGUAUGAUAUCAUUAGAGUGACAAUGCAGUACAUCCAAAGGCAGGUUUAGUUAUUUAUAAAGGAUUGCAUUGACAUUGAGUUUGAGUUCCUGUAUUUUUUCCAGUAUCUGUGUGUAUAAAGGGCACAUUAUUAUGUUUCCAUUACCUCUGUAUGUAAAAGGUUUCUCAUUGUUUAAACUGUUAAUGAUUCCUGAGAUACAGAUCUGCAGUGGAACUGAACAAACACAAGGGAGACAUUGAAAAAGGGGAAGAUGCUGCUGUUUGUGGUGAAUAUUCCCUGAAUAUGAUAUUAAUACAUGAAAGUGUAUUAUAAAUGUAACUGGACAGAUUAAUGAAAUCUGUGUCUUGAAGAAAAAGGGCUCCUUUCCUGCAGACACACUGAACUGUGUGACCCCUGAACUAGGUGAGCAGGGCUGGGUGGCAUCUGGACUGGAUUAGGCUGAAAGGACAGUUGAAUUCUGUACAGAUAAUUCACAGCGGCAACAAGAAGCGGUUUGACGCGAGGAAGACAUAAAACACCGAUGUCCUAGCGGAAAAGGACAUGAAACAUCAAAGGACUGAGUUUUAAGAUGCAAGAUGAACAAAUGACCUAAUGCAGAUAGCAACCUAGCAUAGAGAAAUGCUAUAAAUAUUCAAGCAAAACUAAACAUGUUGUGCUCCACUUUGAUUGCUAAACUAAUUGCUGCAACUCCAGGACUGUGACUGAGAACACGACCCAAAAAGGGAAGGCAAGCUAGUAAACGAGCAAAUGCAAAGAGACUGAGUUUGCUGUAAGCCAGUAUAGUUCCAGUUGCGUUUUCCUCUCAUGAAACUAAAUUAAUUAAUUGUAACACUAUCACGUACAAUUGAAAUGUUAAUUGUUUAGUUUGCACACCUUGUGUGUGAAAUAACGUUUUAGUGAAACUAUAAGUAAUCUAUCUCAUAGUUGGAUGAAGAAUGUAUUUUAAAGUAAACUUGCUAUAUCGAUAAACAAUUUACUAUUAGUAAGCUUAGUGUGAUCUAUUGUAAGAUUGUCUGACCCAUUUCAGUUUAGGCUGUAUGUGUGUGUGUGUGAGUGUAGACAGUGUCAUAUUUCACUGGUCCUGCUAGAUGUUUUAAUGCAGGUUGAGAGCUUUGAUUGACUGAAAUAGACAACAGAUAUAUGACCAAAGGUUUUGCCUCACUCUAUAGAAUGAACUAAUUUUGCUUCAUAAAGUCGAAUGAAACCUGCUGAAUAAUGUUACGUUAACAUAUUGAAUUACAGUGAUUUGUAGUUUUGCAUAUACUGAAUGGAAAAGUGACAUUUUGAAAUCUAUGAUGUACUGUACUACUAUUCUGGCAUCCAGUAGACUUUUGUGAUAUCCUUGUGUAGUUUCUUUGAUUUCACAAUGUUAAAUAAAAGUUCUGAAUUAUGGUCAUAUAGUUGUUUUUUUUUGUUUUGUUUUUAACUAUACCAACAAAUUCUAGGUGAUGCUAAACUUUUGUCUGAGCUGUACAUAUAAAUCAGCACUGCCAUUACAGUAGAAUGUUUAAAGCUUUAUAUAUUGUGUAUCAAUUGCAUCCUGUAAGACAGUGUGAAGUGUAGAUGAUGCUAUAAAUAGAGAACACCUUUACACAUUUCACUAUUCAGAAGCCACUAAUAAACUUUGCAUUGAUUUUAC